AUGUCUGUUACAGUCGGCUCCCCCGCCGUGGACUUCUCGCUCCCCACCUCCGGCGGCGGCACGCUCUCGGCCGCCGACCUGCAGGCCAAGGCCGAGUUCGUCAUCAUCUACUUCUACCCGCGCGACGCCACCCCCGGCUGCACCACGGAGGCCAAGGACUUCCGAGACCUGGCCCCGCAGCUGGAACAACUCAACGCCACCGUCGUCGGCGUCAGCAGGGACUCCGUCGAGAGCCACGACGCUUUCGUCAAGGAUCUCGACCUCAACUUUCCGCUCAUUACCGAUGACGGAACCCUCACCGAGGGCUACGGCGUGUGGAAGCUGCGCAAGCUCGGCGACAAGGAGAUGAUGAUCGUCGAGCGCUCGACAUUCAUCCUCCGCGGCGGCAAGGUGGUGAAAGAGUGGCGCGGCGUCAAGUCGACCGGCCAUGCCGCCGCGGUCGUAGAAUCCCUCAAGUCUUUGUGA